AUGCCACUUAUACAUCUGGAAGACGACAUUAAGAGUCUUGAGAGCUACGUCGAUGGGGUCUACUUUAUGGCUCUUAAGUACCAUUACCAGUUCAAGGUCAUUGGAAAAGACUCCCCAGCGCCACAGGGACAAAACAGCCUGGCUGCCAUCCUAGCAUCCUUUGAACAGCUGGAUGCUGACCUACAUGUGGACUGGCAUAAAGUCUCGGCAAUCGAUUUCAGCAUCAAUGCUGGUAUCAGGCUUGGCGCUGUUGGAUGGUACGCCUUUCCAUCUUUUGCUGGCCAGCACAUGCUUGAGAUCGGGACAGCAAUUGCCCGCAGGCAUUAUCGUCUUGCUGAAUACGCACCAGAGUCACACCAAGCUCCUCCACGCGCCAAGUUCGACACAGAAGCAGACCACAAUAUGGAAGGCCACUAUCGUGAUGUCCAAGUCGAACAAGCCGAGCCAUGA